GAAAUAUCCCUUGAAAAAUAUCAAGAUUUUAUAAAGACAGGUAUAAGUGAUAUUAGUCACCUUGAAGAUGUCUCAGAGGACGAUAUUGAGGAUUUUAAGUUUCUCAUCAAGUUCGAAUUCAAGAGGCUUCUAUGGAAAUAUAAAGCCCACAAAGAUUCACUUCAUCUUCAAAAGACGGAAACUAUUAUUUUAAAUAAUUCUACAAGAGCAGGAAAUGUGGAUGCCAAGUUACAGGACGUCCAGUCAAUCGAAUGUGAUUGCUCUUCCCAAGGCAUUUCGGAACUUUGUCCAAACCAGAGAUGGAAUGAGAAAUGUUGUCAUAAAAACGGACACCCUGAAAAACAGUUCAAGAAUCUUUGGUCCGAACACCCAAAAAAUCCUACCCACUACUUUUCAAACUCAUUUAUCUUGCAUAUGGCAGCAGAAAGGAUGAAGUUUGUUCAAACCUUACACCAAUGUGAGUUGUGGUGCCGGAAACGAUGGAGGCGAAAAAAAUGCUACUAA